AUGGGGAUGCAAGGCCCGCUCGUGGCUCAAGCCCUGGGCCGUUCGCCAUAUGACGAUGUAGUCCAGGGAGAAGGCGAGGAAGAUACGCGGAUGCCGAGGCAGCAGUAUGACCAUGGUGGGCGUCCCAUCAAUCCCGAUACUGUGAGGAUCAACAGGGAUAUCAUCAGGUCGCACAACCAGGUCAUGUUCAUCAUCGGAAUCGCUGAACCUGAGAACCCCGGCCCGGAAGUUGACUCGCAGAGGCGACAUGGGGCCUAUGAGGAGUCGAUCGGGUUGAAGCUGGCAUCAUCAGCUAAGCGCUGUGUGGAGGCCGUUGGAAUCUUUGGUGUCAAUGGCCUGAGAGACCGGAUCCUGAUCUAUAAGCGAUACUCCAAGAUUCCCUUCUGGGAUCUCUAUCAGCAGGCACGACGGGACUUCUCUGUAUCCAGAGAUAUCCUUCCUGGAGCCCCCGCAAACCUGCUGUCGAAUUACAUCGAGUUCUCGGUUGCCCGAUUAUGGCUUGGUGAACAAGAAAAACUGACUGCCAGGCGUUGUAUCCACGAAAUCUGGUCAUACAUACGGAUUCAUCUGGAACUACACAUAUCUCUCCAGAGACUUGGGUUGAUACCAAGCAGCCAAUGGCUGCCCAGCCCCUCCUACUUCAUCCCUUUCACUGAACAGUCGCCAAUUGUUGCUCCGCCACCGCUCGAGAGUUUUGGGAUAUCAUCCAUUCUGCAAUGGAUGGGUGGUCUUCUCAUCUGCAAUGCCCCAUUCAUUGUUUUCGUCGUGACCCAACGAAUGGUUCGCGAUUGGAAGCCGCAUAUAUGGGCCGAGACCUUCAAGCGCCUCCCCAGCACGGUCUUCCGAGGCAAGACGAUACCGCAAGCUCCGCCGUCAAUGUCACAGUCUUUCAUGAACGAAGCUCCUAGUGAGAUUCACAGCAAUGAGGGAGGGUCGCCGGUCGCGCCUGUGGAUGGCCAGUUGCCAAGCGAUACGGGUGGCGUGGAGGUUGCCCGUAGGCCGAGCAUAUUCUCAGCCAGAGGCGAUGAUUUCGACAGCGAUGAAGAGGACAAUGAUGUAAUAAGGGCCACCCUUAUCAGCUUUGACGUGGAGGCGACCGAGUCUACGGAUGCCCCUCAGGGGCUCUGGAGUGCAGAGCUACGGCCAAGUGUUGCCAAUACAGACUCAAGAGGAUCUACCACUUUCCAGCCCACAUAUUUGGAUACACUGCUCACCCAGAUUCCCGCGCUGCUGGCAUCGCACAUGCUUGCCAACUCCAUGACACGGUUAUUGAUGACGCCGUAUGAUGCGACCGCUCUACGACUGGUGGCGCGGGCUUUCUGCGUGAGAAAUGGCCUACCUUUGGACGACAUAUUGGAAACAAACCUUCUCAGUGGCUUCACCUGGACAUCGGCCAUGAACUAUCUGGGGACUGAGUUUUUCCACCUUCUUCUCACUACAGAGGUCUGGGCAGUUUUCACCGGUCUUUCUCAGUAUUAUCACUUUACUGAAGAAGAGUGGGCGGCUGAAGAAGCAAAGAGCUAG